GUGGCGGAGGUGGCCGCGGCUCGCUUGGCUCGUGUGUCGCAGACGUAUCUCGACCGCGCUCGCCGCUCGACCACGCACUGUACGCUGUGGCCGCUCGUCCUUGCCACUGCUCGAGAUUUUCCCGCCUAAAUCUCUCGCGCCUUUCAGUUUAAUUUUUAUAUUUCUUUUACAUUUCCGGUGUAAUUAUCAAGUGUUUUAAAUUGUUUUACAAUGCGUCGUUUUCUUGCGUUUUUAAGUUUUUUCUUUGUGUUUUUGCCGAAACCAACUGAGGCGAUUCGAUGGCUAGCCUUGCACGAAAGCGAAGGAAACUGGACUGAGAAAGAGUGCGUGGAAGCGAGGGCAGUGGGUGCGCUUUGGGGCGGGCAGGCGCGCGCUUGCCGUCGCCAGCCCACGGCUAUGCCGCACAUUGCCGCAGCCGCACGUCUCGCCCGCGCUGCCUGCCUCGCCGCGCACGCUGGGGACCGAUGGAACUGUUCCUCCAUUGAGCUCGCACCUAAAUUCACACCAGAUUUACUUACAGGCACUCGCGAGCAGGCAUACGUGUACGCAAUGUCGGCGGCUGCUCUGGCGUGGUCGGUGGCGCGGGCGUGCGCGGCGGGGGCGCUGGCGGCGUGCUCGUGUGCCGCGCCGCCCCGCGCGCCGCCGCGCCCGCCGCGCCAGGCGCAGGUCACGCGCGCCGAGCCACACGCACAGUUCAAAUGGGGCGGAUGCGGAGAUAAUUUUCAGUGGGCUGAAAGGUUUGCGAGACAAUUCCUAGACGUUCACGAAAUCGACGUACGUGAUGGUAAGGUGGAAGACAUACUGGAAAUUGAAACUACAACGGAAUUUCCGACAACCACUGUCACUCCCGAGACGACCACUAUACCUCCGGUGGUAAUCCUGGUGGAUGAUCAACCGGCAGUGACAAACACCAGCGACCCGCCAAAAAUAAGGAGGAAGAACCGCCGCGGACGCAAGCGACUGCCGAGAUCGCCGCGACGCGGCAGGCCCACAAGGAAACGGUUUAGAACUAGAUCGAGGUACGAGUUCGAAGAUCGAGGUUCUAGGUAUCGGAACAUAGAGUAUCGAAUGGCAGCCGACGACCCACGCUUCGAUCCUCAGGUGGACUUGCGAACACGACUCGAGCGUUUACGACCUCUUAUUGCGUCAGCUAAUCUCAUUAAUGGACGGUUUGGACGAAAGGUGGUGUCGGGAGGCAUGCGCACGAAAUGCACGUGUCAUGGCGUGUCGGGCUCGUGUUCUGUGCGCACGUGCUGGCGCGCGCUGCCGCCGCUGGCGCGCGUGGCGGCCGUGCUUGCGGGCGAGGCGGCGCGCGCCGGCCCGCUGCGCCCGCGCCGACACACUGCGCGCAACGCGCGCCCGCGCCUGCGAUACGUCACGCCCAGUCCAGACUAUUGCGAGCCCGACCCCGCUGCCGGCUCUUUAGGGACACAUGGCAGGAAGUGUAACGCGAGCCUGGGCGGGGGCGCGGGGGGGUGCGCGCGGCUGUGCUGCGGGCGCGGGCGGCGCGCCGUGCGCUCGUCGCGGCUGGAGCGCUGCCACUGCCGCUACCACUGGUGCUGCCGCGUCGACUGCCAGCUGUGCCGCCUCACCACCGAGGAACACUACUGCAACUGAACCUCGCCGCCUCACCACGCGGGGACCGCACACCGACACAAACAACUAUUGAUCUCGAUUAGUAUUAAUAAAAAUGUAUUGUAGUUCAUCUGUAGUGUAGAAACUAAUUGUCUAUGUAUGAGUGACUGUGAAUGCCAAAAUUAUUCCUUAGUAUUUAAAUAAAGUAAAAUAGUGAUGGAAUGCAACCGUAAAAUACUACAUUCAUUGCAUACAUUCCAUUUUGCGCAUACUACAAAAAUCGACCCAAAAUUUGAUUAUAUGGUAGACAAACGCCUUAGCAUUAUUAUGCUAAGGCGUUUGCAAUAUAUUUAUUGCAAACCUAUAGCUCAGUAUAUUUUAAUAAGUAUUUCAAUCUACUUACAGAAUAAUUCUCAAAAAGGCAAAAAUACUAAACUAUCUGAAAAACAAAUAUUUUCCUUCAUAAACUAAACCACCCGAUGUAGUCUAUCUCUAAUAUCUAUAUUAUCAUCUUCCAAAACAGUUUAAGCUAGUCACAUGUUUUAAAAACCACCGCACCAAAUUUUUUUUUUAAAUGGUUAAUUAUUAAAUUCAAUCAAUAAUUUCUAUUUGGAUAUAUUGAAGUGCACACUAUGGUAACAUGGCAAUCAAUUCAAUUCCAUAGCAUUUGACGUCUCGACAAAUAGUUACUACGGCAUUGCGUUCAGCGUCGCGUCGCCUUUAGGGUGCGUCCAAACGUGGCGAGUGGACGGAGCGCGCCGCUGGGACGCGGGUACUACAGCUGGUCGCGCAUUUCUUUACUACGGGCUCGUAAGCGUGUGCGCGUGUACACUGCUCGCAUGCAUCAUGCACCCAAUUUAUUUGGCUCGCUUCUUAUAACUCUUGAUGUACCACAAAUCGCGACAUCAUUAGCGGAGCCCAUGCGCUGGCGAACGGUGCUCGGACUCAUGCAUUCGUGAAGCCUGGAUGCACCCUUAUGUAAAGAUUAUUUUGUUUAUGCUACUGUAGCAUUGCUACAAAUAUAGUCAUUUAUAAUCUGAGAUAAGUUUCACCUAACAGAAAGUACUUAUAAAACAUUUAUUUUAUUCAACGGAAUAAGUUUUUCUACGGUAUACCUAAACUUAUGUGCAUUCUUAAAAACCUACUUGGUUUAAUUUAACGUGUUUUCGUUUCAUCUUAAAUAUAAUUAAAAAAAUAGUAGUAUUUAAUAUAAAGACAAUAAAAAAACAUUAUAUACCGUAGUAAUAAAAGCUGUGAAUAUAUGCUUCAUAUUAAAGUAGUGUAAGAAUUUAAACAGCUAAGUAUUCGUCAGUAGAAUAGUAAUUGUAAAUAGAAUAGAUCGCGUUAAUUAUUUAUUCUAUUUCAAUAUUCCUGGUAACAGUAGAAAUCCAAUUAAUAGAGUUUUAAAUGUUGAUGCAAUUAUUUUAAGUAUAGAUACAUAAUCUGUCUUAAAAUGUAGUAGUUUUAGAAAUUUUGAAAAAUUGUAAAUAAAAAUCGUA